AAUGUAUUAUCCAUACUCAAUUGAAGAAUCAGAAGAGAAUAUUUCAGGUGAUAUUUUGAAUAAUGAGAUGGAUUUGAAUGAAGAUGAAAAUUAGAUUCAAACUUAUUCAUAUUAUACUCCAAGUCAUUCAGUUUCAUCAUAGUAUGAUGAUGAUGAAGAAGAGGAAUAUGUGAUUGAUCAAAGCCGAAUAUUUAAUUUAGCAGAAGUCAAAGUAUUUUUAGAUGAAGUUAUUUGUCCAAUAUGCUGCCAUAUAAUAGUUGCUCCAAAAAUAUGUAAAGAAUGUGAUCAAAGUUUUUGUAGUAGAUGUAUAGAAAAAUGGUAUUUUAAUAUUGCUAAAAAAAUUAGGUUCCAAAAAAGUCCUAAUCAAUAAUGUCCUUGUUGUAGAAAGAGUUAAAACUAUAAGAGCAAUUUUUAUUUCAAUUAAGGGAUUAUGGAUGGAAAAGUGCCAAAAGUGCUACUCAAAUUAUUGAGUAAAUUACUAUUAACGUGUAGAUAUAGCGUAUAUAUUUUUUAAAUAAUUAGUAAGAAGGAUGUGAAGAAAUUAUCACUUAUGAUUUUCGUGAGAAACAUGAAAAUAAUUAUUGUUAAUAUUAGGAAUAGGAUUGUCCAAAUCAUGGUUGUUAUGAAACAAUGCUUCGUAAAGAUUUAGAAGAACAUUAUUUAGAAUGUAAAUAUGGAAGUGUUCAAUGUAAAUAUUGUUCAUAAGAUAAAUUAAGAAUGGAUAUAGAAUCACAUGUAUUUACUAUUAUAAAUUUAGUUAGAAGAAUGUUAUUGCAGACCUAUUUUAUGUGAAUGGUGUUAAGAAGAAUAUUAAGCUAUUGAUUUUGAUAAACAUUAUGAGUAAUGUGAUUGUAAAGAAAUUUAUUGUCGACAUUGUGGGAAGAACUAUAAAAAACAUUAAAUGGAAGUUCAUACUCCAGAAUUUUGUCUUUAAACUCUUUACUAGAAUUGUCUUGUUUUACUUAAACAAAAAGAUCAACAGAUAGCUGAAUAAUAAAAAUACAUUGAGUUUUUGGAAUCUAGAAAAUUAAUUGAAUAAUCUGAUUUAAAUUAAUCAACCAAUGAAGUCUUGAGUGAAAAAUAUAAAUAAGAUUUUGAGGAAGAAGUUGAAGAAAUAAUAGAAGAAGAUAUACAAAUUGAAGAGAGUGAUUAAGAAUAAAUAGAAUAAGUUGAAAAAGACAAUAAAAAUUAAUUAUCUCAAGAUGAAAAUGAAAAUUUAGAUAAAAAAAAUGUAGAAGAAAAAUAAUAUGAUUUUGUUGAAAUUCAACCUAUUUAGGAUAUUAGAAUGGGGAUGUAUACUGAAUUGUUAUAAAGAUUGAAUGACACUUAAUUAAAAGACCUUUGGGAUUGGCAAGAUGAUGAAUUUAAUACAGUAAUUGAUUGGUUUAAAUGA